AUGUCUUGUAAUUAUUUUAAACUAUCUUUGUUUUCUAUCGUACUGUGUAUAUUAGUAUAUACACAUAAGUUUCCCCGUGAAAAUAUAUUUUAUAAUAAAAUAAAUACGGUUGAUAUUAUAAAUGCAACACCUAGGAUAUUACUAGCCGAAGCACAAGAAACAGAUAUAUAUAAAAGCCAUUCAGGAGAAAAUGCACUCACAUACCACACAGGUAAUAAAUUAGACGAAAAUUAUACAGAAUAUCAUAAAACAUCAUCUGAUUGUACAUUGAAUAAUGAAAUUCUAGAAGAAUAUGAUAAUCAAACGGAACAAGUAGAAUUGGGAAAUGAGAAGAAUAAUAAAUCAUUGGUUGAGAAAUCACAUAGAAAAACACAUUGCAAAAAAAUUAAAAAAAUUAAAAUUAUAAAAAUAAUAAAUAAAAAAAAUAAUAAUAAACAAAAUAAAAAGAAUAUCCAUGAAGAUCAACCUCUCGUAUCAGAAAAAAAUAUAGAUGACAUUAAUGAAAAUUAA